CAGCUUCAAGAGACAAAACUCUCAGAGUGUGGGACCUGAAAGAUGAUGGAAACAUGAUGAAAGUGUUGAGGGGGCAUCAGAACUGGGUGUACAGCUGUGCAUUCUCGCCUGACUCUUCUAUGCUGUGUUCAGUUGGAGCCAGUAAAGCAGUGGUGGCAGCAAUAUUGGUGUGAUUGAGGUUAUGCUGGCACCACUCGCACACAGGCGCACAAUGGUGUUAGCUGGGCAGAAAGAGUGGCAUCUCUGGCUACCGGGCUGGGGGCGACCUUUACCAUAGGAUGAAGUAACCUUGCAUUCGGCUGCAAGGUGUACUGUACGUACACAGGUGCUGGUCGAUGUCCACUUUCUGCUUUUCUUUCUUUCUUUUUUUCUUUUUUAAAAUAAUUUCCCCCUCAGUGAAAUUCACUGACUCCUCCAAGUAAAUUUAUCUUCCAGUUCAAUGACAUAUUGGAAGUUUUAAGUGAAAAACAACUUAAUGUAAGGUAAUUGGCUUUCAAAUGGUUUCUCUGAACCAUUUUUUGGAAUUCUUUAAGAUGCUAGAGAUAUCUUAAAUCUUUGAUCCAAUUUAAAAUUUACACUUAACUUUCCUUUGGAAAUAAUACAGUGUGUCUGUGCAGAAAAUGUAGCAAAAAGGACUUUUACUCCAAGAGGAGGAAAGGUUGUCAUAAACCUCUGAGCUCACGUUUAAUGUAAUAGACUGAAGUAAACAUUAGAAUCCUCCUAGAGCUAUUCUGCACAGGCUGACUACUGAUCUUUAGAUUAUAAAUCUGAGUGUGACUUUCUUAAGUACUUUAACUAUUUUAUACUUGAAAUGACUAGAUUGUGGUCAGUUUGGGAAACAAGAUCAGUAAAUCUUGAUUCAUAGAAAUGUUAUAAUUGUUAUUUUCAUAAAAUAUCAUUUUCAUUUUGUAAUGUGGUUUAACAUCCUUGUUAUUUGCCAAAGAAAUUUCAUUUGGCUGUGAAAAUUCUCUUUGCUUGCAGUAUCUGUUUCUCUUCCUAGGCUCACGUUGGUGACGCAAGCGUAUUGUAAACAAGUGAUUAUCUCAAAGGGAGAUGCCAAUGGAGUAACAAUUUGUUAACCUUACAUUUUCUGUUUGUAUAUUUUUAAAAAAUUUUGUAGUAUCUGGAAAAAAAGAGAAGGGGGUUUGUAGUACUUAACCCUGUUUCUGUAUAUUUUAGUUAACUAGUUUUUGGAAUAAAUGGAUUUCAGUGUAACUUUGUGGUUAAAUUGCAUUGCCUUUAUGUUUAGGCUUACUUUUAAAUUAACAUUUAACAGAAACAUUUGAAAUAGAAUUUGCAUGUCUGCUUUAAUUAACUUAAAGACUGAUUUUUUUAAUCUGUGACACUGAGCAUAUUCUUUAAAUUACUCAUAAUUUAUUACAUUUAAUUCAGUAUAAUCUCAAUUAAAUGUAGCAUUGUUAGUUAAAAGAUGUGCCAUUUUAUCCUCUGUGUGUUUAAAUGAAGCUAUAACCUUUGCCUUUUUAUUACAGGUUUUCCUUUGGAAUAUGGAUACAUACACCAUGAUACGGAAACUAGAAGGACAUUACCAUGAUGUUGUAGCUUGUGACUUUUCUCCUGAUGGAGCAUUGCUGGCUACUGCAUCUUACGAUACUCGAGUAUAUAUCUGGGAUCCAUACAAUGGAGAAAUUCUGAUGGAAUUUGGGCACCUGUUUCCCCCUCCUACUCCAAUAUUUGCUGGAGGAGCAAAUGACCGAUGGGUACGAUCUGUGUCUUUUAGUCAUGAUGGACUGCAUAUUGCAAGCCUUGCUGAUGAUAAAAUGGUGAGGUUCUGGAGAAUUGAUGAAGAUCUUCCAGUACAAGUGGCCCCUUUGAGCAAUGGUCUUUGCUGUGCCUUUUCUACUGAUGGUAGUGUUUUAGCUGCUGGCACUCAGGAUGGAAGUGUGUAUUUCUGGGCCACUCCAAGGCAAGUCCCUAGCCUUCAACAUCUGUGUCGCAUGUCAAUCCGAAGAGUGAUGCCCACCCAAGAAGUGCAGGAACUGCCCAUUCCUUCCAAAGUCUUGGAGUUUCUCUCCUAUCGUAUUUAGGAGACUCUGCCUUCCCUAGUACCAGGGACAAACAGAGUACCCUUAACACAAACCUCAGCUUUACUUCAGUUUUAUUUUUUAAAGAUUUCAGAGAUUUAUUUAAUUUGAUGCAUUCAUGUAUUGCAUUUUUAUCAGUGUAGCUUUUAAAAUAUUAUUUAUAGUCUGUAGAAGAAGUAUUUCUGAACAUAUCAAAUGUAAUUUUUUAAGGUCUAACUGUGAAAACUUAUACAUACAUGUAUAUAUUUAGAUAUAAGCUACUAUGAGUUAAGUGGACUCUGGCUUUUCUCAUUUUUAGUUCUGAUGUGUAUAUAGUACUUCAGUAGAGCCACACUAUAAGUCUUUGCUGUAAAGGGGAAGGAAGUGUUUUGGUCUGGAACAAUGAGUUGGAAGGUAAAUAUGGACUGAAGAAGGCAGAAUUGCCUCAUAGAAAAUGUAUCUGUUGUGGGUGUUGCAUGUCUGGCUGAUCUGCGAGUGAAGGUUCUGUGUAGGAAAAGAUUUUGUUUUUCUUAGGAAUGGCGACUGAGUUUGACUAUGACGUUGUGUUUUGACAAACAGAGCCAAGAGAUAACCAGAAAAGGGGUGCCCUCCUCCAGCCCCCAGUACUGCAGUGGGCUCAAUUUUGGAAAGCAGCUUGCCACUUGACCCCUGUGGUAUAAAGUAUUACACAUUUUAGUCCAUUUGAAAAGUCCAUCUACUGUAUUAUUACUCAAUAUUUUGUUUUUGCUAAGGGACAAUUAUUUUAAAGCCAUGGUGUUGUUGUUGUUGUUGUUGAUGAUGAUUUGUCUACAUCGCUGCAGAGGAUGAUGUUGGUGACUUGCCAGAGAGCAGUGCAGUCUGUCUGCUGUGGCUUCUGUUACUUAUCUUGCCUGCGGAUACCAGGGAUGUAUGUGUAUGUGAAAUGCUUGAUUAUAUAUUUUUGUUGAGUUUUUAAAAUAAAGUCUUGUAAAAAAAACCAA